AUGUCAACCGGAGUUGGAAGCCACGACUCGGGCCCAGCCCCUUCAGUCGUUAGUGACAGCGGGGGCAUCGCGGCGCCGUACGGGAGGGCAUGUACCAACUGCUCCCGGGCCAAGUGUAAAUGCAUCCUCCGCCCCGUCGGCGGCCCCUGCGAGCGUUGCCACCGCCUCAGCAAGCUAUGCCAGCCGAGCAACCCCGUCCGCAGGCGCUCCAGGAAGCCGCGGUCCAGCAGGACCGCGCAGCUGGAGGAGAAGCUCGACGGGCUCGUGACGAUGCUGCGACAAUCGGGCCGGUCAGACCUCUCCAACGGAUUCGGUCCCGGGCCUGUUACCGCCAGACCCACCGCCGCCAUUCCUCCGUCUGCGACCGCUGCCAGGACGCCGUCCUCCGAGUUGGGAGACGCGCGCAGUGGGUUCGGGUCGGUGGCCUCGGCGGACGAUGCGCGGACGCGUCAGACCCCAUUCCUGACACCGACGACGCAUACGGACAACAGCCCCGAGGGGACUGGGACCGGGUACGAGUUCGGGGAUGGACUCGACCUGCCGUCGCCGGCCGAGGCGGAGACCAUGUUCGAGGGGUUCCGCGACCGGAACAUGAAGGCCUUCCCCUUCAUGUGCUUCGGGGAAGCGACGACGCAGCGGGCGUUGCGGGCGGAGCGGCCGUUCCUAUGGCUCUGCGUCAUGACGGUGGCCUCUCGGGUAACGAGCCAGCAGUUGGCGCUAGGGCAGCGGGUGCGGCAGGUCGUGAGCCAGAAGGUCAUCUUUGAGAACGAGAGGAGCAUGGACUACCUCCUCGGGAUCUUGGUUAUCUUGGGAUGGGCGAACCACCAGCUCGGGACCAAGCCUUUCAAGUGCAUGUUCAGCCAGGUCGCUAUCGGCCUCGUGUUCGACCUAGAACUGGCCCGCGACCCGUUGGACGCCCUAAAUCCAUUCAUAUGCUUCAAGGCCGCCCAGGAGAGGGCCGACAGGGACGAGACCUCCGUCGCCCAGACCUUCUUCGUCAAGUCGCAAACACCGCGUACAAUGGAGCAGCGGAGAGCGGUUGUUGCCUGCUAUCUUGUAACGGCGUCCGUCGCUGGUUUUCUGGGCAAAAUGGUUCCCCUGCGCUGGACGCCGUACAUGGACGAGUGCCUCGAGAUGCUAGACGACAAGCCCGAGAGCCCCUUGGACCGCAGCCUCGUCGCGAUAGUCAAGAUGCAGCUGCUCAAGGGUGAAUCCAGCAAGCUGUCAUCCCGGUUCGACAAAUUAUCGCGGGAGGGUGCUAACAGCUCGAAGCCGGCGGCGUCCAUGUACGUCAAGAUGCUGCAGGCGCAGCUGCAGCGCAUCAUCCAGGACCUACCUGCAGACUUGCGAAGCACGGACGCCAUCAUCUCCCAGCUCCACUGCACGGAGCUCUCCAUCCAGGAGGUCGCCAUCGCCUCCCAUAAGGGUGCUUUGUCGCCUACGAACCUCCCGGACGUCGCCCGCCUCGACAUACUGUACGCGUGCCUGCACGCCAUCAAGGCCUGGUUCGACCACUUUUUCACGCUGCACCCGACCUCGUACUUCUACAUGGGCUUCAUUACUUUCGAGCAGCUGUCCCACUGCGUCGUCGCGCUCUACCACCUCUCGGUCCUCGAGGACCCCGUCUGGGACCGUGCGAGCGUGCGGACGACGAUCGACCUCAUCGCGACGCUCGACGAGAUCGGCAACCGCUUCUUGCUUGUCCGCGACGGCGCCGGGCUCUGCGACGACACGGGCGAGGGCACCUCGUUCGACAGGGCCAUCAAGACCAUCCGGGGGCUCAAGAACACCUGGGAGGCGGCGUUGGCGCCCUUUCCCAAGACGGAUUCCUUGACGUCAACGGCGACAGCGGGCGCGGGCGUCGACGGCGGGCCGGCUGGGCUGGGAGCCGGAGGGAUGACGGAGGCCGGGGUCGGAGAGGCGGAUCUCGUGCAGUUCGGGUUCGAUAUGAUGGAUAACCGGCUGUUUAACGACAUCUUCAUCCCGUUUGACUUUUGA